AUGUUGGUCCGUCAAGUGUGUCUCGCUUUGGCGAUUGCUGCCCUUUCGGGUGCUAUUCCUGCGCCGAUCAAGCAUGUCCUGCAUGAAAAGCGAGGCCAGCAUGCCGACUGGGUGAAGGGUGAGCGCAUCAAGCGUGACUCGGUCUUGCCGGUGCGAAUUGGUUUGACUCAGAAUAACUUGGACAAGGGUGAUGCCUUGCUUAUGGAGGUCUCUGAUCCUACCUCGGCCAAGUAUGGAAAGUACUGGACUGCAGAGGAGGUGCAUGAUAUGUUCUCCCCCUCCAAGGAAGCUGUCGAAUCUGUCCGUCAAUGGCUCGAGAGCUCAGGGAUCCAUGAGUCCCGGGUUGUACACUCGGACAAUAAGGGGUGGCUGGCUUUCGAUGCCCAUGCUCACGAAGUGGAAAAGCUGUUCUUGACUGAGUUCUACGAGCAUGAGCAUGCUGGUACUAACAGCAUCAAGAUUGGUUGUGAUGAAUACCACCUCCCAGAGCACAUCCAAAAGCACAUUGACUAUAUAACUCCUGGAGUCAAGCUGAGCCCGAUUGUGAAGAAGAGCUCAAAAGUGAAGCGUAUGUCCCACUUGGCUCAGUCCAAGGGCAGCGUGGAGAUUGGUGACGCCGCAGGAGCGGCAUCAAUCCCUGCUAAGGCGCAGGAUCUUCCCCAGAACCUCCAGACUUGUGGGUCUGAAAUGACCCCUGACUGCAUCAGGGCUCUUUAUCAUAUUCCAGUGGCUAAGAAGGCGGCUGAGGGCAACUCGCUUGGUCUGUACGAGCAAGGUGACUACUUUGCCAAGUCGGAUCUCGAUCUGUUCUACAAGGAGUACUCUCCAAAUGUGCCACAGGGCACUUAUCCCAUUCCUGCUUUAAUUGAUGGAGCCAACUACUCCGUGCCUGCAUACAGCUCGUUGAACACUGGCGAGUCGGACAUUGAUAUUGAUAUGGCAUAUGCUCUCAUUUACCCCCAGACAGUCACCCUUUAUCAGGUUGAUGACCAACUCUAUGAGCCAGAGGAAGUUGCAACCACCAACCUGUUCAACACUUUCCUCGAUGCCCUCGAUGGUUCAUACUGCACAUACAGUGCCUACGGCGAGACAGGAAACAACCCUGACAUCGACCCAACCUACCCCAACACCCGCCCUGGUGGCUACAAAGGCAAACUCCAAUGCGGCGUGUACAAGCCCACAAACGUAAUCAGUGCCUCCUACGGCCAAGCUGAAGCGGACCUCCCAUUGGCCUACACAAAGCGCCAAUGCAAUGAGUUCCUCAAGCUCGGCCUACAAGGCCACUCCAUCCUCUUCGCAUCCGGCGACUACGGCGUAGCCUCAUUCCCCGGCGAUGGCACCAGCAACGGCUGCCUCGGUCCUGAGGGCAAGAUCUUCAACCCGCAAUACCCGUCCAACUGCCCUUACGUCACCUCCGUCGGCGGCACCAUGCUCUACGCAGACCAAACAUACAAGGAUGACGAGAGUGUCAUGCACGCCAACCUGGGUGGCACCGCUACGAACUUUAGUAGCUCGGGUGGCUUCUCGAAUUACUUCCCCCAGCCUGAUUACCAGAAGGCGACUAUUGCGAAAUACUUUGAGAAGGCUAAGCUUGACUACCCCUAUUACUCGGAGAUUAAUGUUGAUCUGAACACCACAACCGGUCUUUACAACCGCAUCGGUCGUGCUUAUCCUGAUGUUGCCGCUAACGGCGCUUUGUUCCCUGCUUAUACUGGUGGCACGAAGCAUCACUUCUACGGUGCCAGUUUGGCCUCGCCAUUGUUCGCUUCUGUGUUGAGCUUGAUCAACGAGGAGCGUAUCCACAAGGGCAAGGGUCCCGUUGGUUUCGUCAACCCUGUGCUUUAUGCUCACCCUAAUAUUCUGUAUGAUAUCACCAAUGGUACCAACGUUGGCUGUGGCUCAGACGGCUUCAGUGCUAUCAAGGGAUGGGAUCCGGCUACUGGGUUGGGUACACCCAAUUUCCCGGAGAUGAAGAAGCUGUUCCUUUCUCUACCUUAA